CUCCUCCUCCCCCUCCUCCACUCGACAGACCAAAAUGGCAAUGCCUUCCGGCCCCUCUCUCUCUCUCCUCGUCUUCCUCUUCUCUCUCCUCACCCUAACCCUCAUUGCUGUUUCCUCUUCACCAGUUCAAGAUCCUGAACUUGUUGUACAACAAGUACAAAGGAGCAUCUAUAAUGCCUCAACUACCCGGAGGAAGCUGGGAUACUUGUCGUGUGGGACCGGAAACCCGAUUGACGACUGCUGGCGGUGCGACCCGAAUUGGGAGAAGAACCGCCAGAGGCUGGCCGACUGUGCAAUUGGGUUCGGCAAAAACGCCAUUGGCGGCAGGGACGGGAGGAUUUACGUGGUGACUGACUCAGGUGACGACGACCCUGUCACGCCUAAGCCAGGUACUCUACGACAUGCCGUCAUCCAGGACGAGCCUUUAUGGAUCAUUUUCGAGCGCGACAUGUCGAUAAAGUUGAAGGAGGAGCUGAUCAUGAACUCUUUCAAGACCCUCGACGGCCGAGGAGCCAGCGUCCACAUCUCCGGCGGACCAUGCAUUACGGUCCAGUACGUGACCAACAUUAUCAUACAUGGACUCAACAUACACGAUUGCAAGCCCGGAGGUAACGCUAUGGUUCGUGACUCCCCGAACCACUUCGGGUGGAGAACAAUAUCAGACGGUGACGGUGUUUCUAUCUUCGGCGGGAGCCAUGUUUGGGUGGAUCACUGCUCGUUGUCUAACUGCGCCGACGGCCUCGUCGACGCCAUCCAUGGCUCCACCGCGAUAACGAUUUCGAACAAUUACAUGACGCACCACGAUAAGGUCAUGUUGCUGGGACAUAGCGAUUCCUAUACCCAGGACAAGAACAUGCAGGUCACUAUUGCCUUCAAUCACUUUGGAGAAGGUCUUGUUCAAAGGAUGCCAAGAUGUAGGCAUGGAUAUUUCCAUGUGGUGAACAAUGACUACACCCAUUGGGAGAUGUAUGCCAUUGGAGGGAGUGCAAACCCUACCAUCAAUAGCCAAGGGAAUAGAUUUGCUGCACCAGACAUAAGAUUCAGUAAAGAGGUGACGAAACAUGAGGAUGCGCCCGAAAGUGAGUGGAGGAAUUGGAACUGGAGGUCCGAGGGUGACAUGUUGAUAAACGGUGCAUUUUUCACGGCCUCUGGUGCUGGAGCUUCUUCAAGCUAUGCAAAAGCUUCAAGCUUGGGAGCAAGGCCAUCUUCACUCGUGGGUUCCAUCACCACAACUUCUGGUGCACUCAAUUGCCGAAAGGGUUCUCGUUGCUGAAGGUUGUGAGUUGUGACCAAUUGGAGGGACAACCCUAAAGUGAAUGCUCAACUAGAUAUAUAGUUAGGAGGAAAAAAGUUAGGUAGAGGGAAAAAACGAGGCAAGAGAAAACCUAAAAACACCAAUAUCUCUUUAGGAUUUUUCUCUGCCUUUUUUUCCUUCCCUCCAAUAUUUUCUAUCUUUCUUACCACUAUUUUCUACUUUCAUUGUCUUGAGUACGACCUCGGCAUGUUGUUCUUGAGGCAACUAUUAGGGAUUAAUCUGUUAGAGAAUCUCGAUGACCUAUUAGAAUACAAUUGCUGAAGUGUUGAAUAUACUAAGUUAUCAAUCCACUUUAUAAUAUUAUUGAUCUCUUUGUCUC